CAAGUCGUCUGUCCCUUGGGUGCAGACGACCUGUCUUCAUCGCCAAACAACCCUCAAAAGUUGAAGAAGAAGAAGACGAAGUUCAACAUCAUUCACACGAAUUCGUAAUAAAAAUUUCGAUUUUUGAUCUUUGUUUUGUUUCUCAUCCAUGGAGGUGCCGAGUUCCUGGGAUGCACUUCGCAAACAGGCUAGAAAACUUGAAGCUCAGUUGGAUGAGCGGAUGAAUUCUUAUCGUAAAUUGGUUUCUGCUAAUGUUUCUACAAAAGCUGAUGCGGCAGAGAGUGAUCUAGAGUCUUGGAUUGAGCAAUUACUAAAACAACUCCAGCAAGUAAACUCACAGAUGCAAGCUUGGGUAUCAUCUGGUGGUUCGGAAAUGGUUUCUCAUACUUUAACUAGACACCAGGAAAUUCUUCGAGAUCUCACCCAGGAGUUUUAUCGUCUUCGCUCAAGUCUUAGAGCUAAGGAAGAACAUGCUUCACUAUUAGAGGAUUUUAAAGAAUUUGAUCGGACACGGUUAGACUUGGAAGAUGGUGCAGAAUCUGAACAGCAUGCGCUCCUAAAAGAGCGUGCAUCUAUCAGCCGAAGUACAGGACAUAUAGACACUGUUAUUUCACAAGCACAAGCAACACUCGGUGCACUUGGCCUCCAGCGUUCAACAUUUGGUGGCAUCAAUUCAAAGCUCAGCAAUGUGAGCAGUCGCCUCCCAACGGUAAAUAGCAUACUUUCGGCAAUAAAGCGAAAAAAGUCAAUGGAUACCCUUAUACUUUCCCUUGUUGCAUCCGUAUGCACAUUUCUCAUUUUCAUCUACUGGCUAACCAAAUGAGGCUGUUUAUUUUGGUGGGUACUCAACUAUAAACUGUUGUAUGUUCCUUGUCUAUUGAGCUUGAAUAGUUUGCGCCAUGCUGAAACGACAUUUUUUUGGGGUAGUGUAUUGUUCAUUUGAUUGUUUAUCCCUGUAUCAGAAGCAAUGCUGAGUACAGAUUAGAAGUCACAGCAAAAAAAGAAGAAGGAGGAAUUUCCUUCUCUUGAUUCCGAUAUCACAGAACAUAGCAUGUAGAAAGUGGAAAAAAAUAUCAAAUGGACUUCAUUAAGUGGUAUAGAUUGGAAAGA